CCCGCCGCGCCUGGGGACCCCCGGCCUGGCCGGGGAAGCGGGGGAGAAGCAGCCGCCGGCCCGGGAGUGCCAAGCGGGGUGAAACCAAUGGAGGAGGAAAAGGAAGGCAGUGAGCAAAAAGAUCACAUCCCCCCGGAAGAUGAGAGCAGCAGCACAGAGGAAUGGCUCCCAGAGGACGAGGAAAAAGAGAAAGAAAGCAAGCAUGUCAUCAAAAAUAUCCCGUGGACUACAGCUAAGAACUUCACAGUGGAGAUAGGACAGCAGCAAAUUGAAGAACUAAUUUCUACAUGGGACAUUCAUGAAAGCUGGCUUCACCACUCAGAAUUUCUCGAGGAAGAAGAACUGAAGGACAGCAAGAGGUACCAUUACAGAGCUUGCUGGGGCCUCCCAACACGCAGAAAACCCAUCCCACGAGCAACAGCGAGUGUCUACUUCGUUAUAGUGAUCUCCAAACUCAAACCUGACACUGCACCUGUGGAGGUGUUCUACAGACUGGAGUCCAGCAGGCUGAUUCGGAGGCCAGAACAGUGUGAGUUUAGAGAAAAGUGGCUUCAUGACAUAAUUGAAAAUAAAGUACUGUGUGCAGAAAGACUUGCUUCCCGAUGAGCAGCUCCAAUUCACCAUUACCAGUCCUCUCUUGUGGAGAACCAAAUAAACAU